CAUAUAUUUAAAGAAAAUUACGAUUAAAAUUGCAUUCCUGAAUAUUUCUUUAUUAAAAUUGUUGUGAAACAUUGAAUCACUAUUGUCUUAUUCAUAAUGUGAUUUUCAACACCAAUGUUGCCUGUAAGUUCUACACAAAAAGCAAAAAUGGUUUACAUUAUGAUGCAGUUCAGUCCAGAUUCAUGCAAACUUUUUUGCCUUAUGGUUCUUCUUCCAUUCUUACUAGAAUUUUUCCUUUUCGAGACAGGAUACUACCUGCUGCACAUCCUUCCUCCUCUGUCUCUCUGGCUCACCAGUACAGAUCCUCCUCUCCAUCUUUUAUGUUCAAUCUGUCACACAAGUCUUCAUUCACUCUGUUUGUUUGGCCCCCUCUAUUUACAGCUUGUGCUGCACUCCCCUCUACUCCUGUGUUCUGUUAUCUGCCGCCCUGAGGUACCAUUUGUUCAUCUUUACACAUUCUUCAACUUGUCAUCUGUCAGUACAAGUCAGUCCAAAUCACAGCUUUCAGCUGUCUUGGGAUAACCUUCAUUCAUCUCCUCCCUGAAUGUCUCCUCCUCUAGUAGAAGAUGGUUGAUGGUAAUGCAGGACAGAUGAGCUCUUUGGCCACUUUAUUAGGCACACCUGUCCAACUUCUCAUUAACACAAGUUUCUAAUCAGCCAAUCACAUAACAGCAACUCAAUGUAUUCAGGCAUGUAAAUAUGAUCAGGACGAUUCGCUGCAGUUCAAACCGAGCAUCAAAAUGGAGAAGAAAGGUGAUUUAAGUGACCGGACUGGAUCCAGACAACAGUAAUAACCACUGGUUACAACCGAGGUCUUCAGAAGAGCAUGAACAAAGAGUAUGAACACACAACAUAUUCAGCUCUGAGCAGCAGAAGAACACAUUGGUUGCCAAUCUUGCUAAGAACAUGAAACUGAUGCUACAAUUCGCACAGGCUCACCAAAACUGAACAAUAGAAGAUUGGAAAAAUGUGAUGAGUCUCCAUUUCUGCUGCCACAUUCAGAUGGUAGGGUCAGAUAUUGGCGUCAACAACAUGAAAGCAUGGAUCCAUCUUGCCUUGUAUCAAUGGUUCAGCAUGGUGGUGGCGGUGUAAUGGUGUGGGAGAUCAUUUCUUGGCACACUUUUGGCCCCUUAGUACAAAUUGAGCAUCAUUACAACACCACAGCCCACCUGUGUAUUGUUGCUGACUAUAUGUCCCUCCCUUACCACAGAGUACCACCUUGAGUUUGCUCACGUUUUCUAAACUGCUGAUUUCAGUUGAAAUGUAGCAUUUGAAGCUCCAUUUGACAUUAGAUACAUUCUCGUUACAAAUUAAAUUCAAUUUAAGCUCUAAAAGUGUGUCUAAAAAUAAAAGUGGCAGACCAGGAUGAAGUGAAUUCCGUCCUCAUAAGCGUCAGACUUAGCUCAGAACAGCAGCGUUACAUCAGGACGGGCUGAAUCAGAGGUGAGCUGCUCCCUGUAAGUGCUGCCUCUCAGCAGCAGAGGGCGUGCUGAUGUCACAGCCGGUGUGAAAUGACACCAUGCUCCAUCUGCAGCACAGCCUUCCCAACUACAGACAACCUUUUUCUAUAAAUUCGCCUUCACACCAACAGUUUCUCCUCCACGUGAGGGGACGAUGACAAGGCUCUGAGUCAUCGGCGUGCGUGCACGUUUUUGUGUGAAAGUGCACGUGUGUGGUAUGAAUGAAUCAGGGACACUCUUCCUCCGUCCUCCUCCACUUCUGUCGUGACGUUCGUUCAGGAGGAAACACCACCAGCCGUCCAGAGAUAUUCUGAGAGACACUACUCACUGUAGGAGUGCGUUUGUGUGCGUGUGUGCACGUGUGUGAGUGCAAGUGUGUAUGAAUGACUCACAGGGAAAUACCUCUGUGGAUGGAGGGAGGGAUCAGACUGCGAGGUAUAAUUGCUGAAAGAGAGCAGGAAGGGAGAGCAGAGUGACCCUGCAGAACAUUCGCUCGGCUCCCGACAGAAGACGAGGAUAACAGGACCAGAACCAGAAGAACUUUUUUCCCAUCCAGGACUAAAACCAGCAAAGGAACCUAAAAUCCAGAACUUCAGACUCUAUACUCUAUACUCAAGAGCAAGUUCAACAUAGCUCGGCAGACAGACUCUACUGUCACUCUACUGGACUCUGUUGAUGAACGGAGAAGUGAAGGUUUGAUCUGAAGGACUGCACUCGGGCUUCUUCUCAUCAUGUUCCCUCAAUUUCUAACUUUUUUUAUGUCAACAAUCCUGGUUGUUGACGCCUCACCAACUGCGUCUUCCCCACUGGAUGUGGCACCCCGGCUUCAGGCGGACUGCCCCUCCUGUUCUCUGUCCCAGAUGAGGAGGAACUCCUCCUCGGGUCAAGGUGAGAUGGUAGAGGCGGUGAAGAGGCACAUCCUCAACAUGCUGCACCUGAGCGCCAGGCCCAACCUGACGCACCCCGUCCCCCGCGCCGCGCUACUCAACGCCAUCAAGAAGCUGCACUUUGGUCGAGUGGCGGCAGACGGCAGCGUGGAGAUUGAAGGGGGUAGCCAUCGCCCUGAAGGCGCCACGCCAUCUGAACCACCAUCGGAAAUCAUCACCUUUGGAGAAGAGGGAGAUGCUCCAAACACGGUGACCUUUGACAUCCAGAAGGAGGACGAAGGCCCAUCGGUGGUGGAGCAGGCAAACGUUUGGAUCUUCCUGAAGAUGUUUAAGAUCAACCGGCUGAAGGGCAGAGUGAUGCUGCGGCUGCUGAGGUCCAGCCACAACAGCAAGGCCGAAAGUGAGGUGGUUUCUGAGAGGGUGGUGGACACGCGGCGCAGCGGGUGGCACACGCUCGCCGUGACGCGCACGGUUCAGAUGCUGCUGGACAGUGGCAGCAGCUCGCUACACCUGCAGGUUUCCUGUCCGCUCUGUGCCGACGUGGGAGCGUCUCCCAUCCUCUCACCUGCGAACAAUGGCAAACUGUCAGGAAGGGACCAGUCUCACCGGCCGUUCCUCAUGGUGGUGCUGCGAGCCCGAGAGGAGGCGACUCCACGGCGGGUCAAGCGAGCCCUGGAGUGUGACGGGAAAAUCCGCGUGUGCUGCAAAGGACAGUUUUACGUCAACUUUAAAGACAUUGGCUGGAGCGAUUGGAUUAUCGCCCCGUCGGGUUACCACGCCAACUACUGUGAGGGCGACUGUCCAAACCACAUGACAAAUUUGGGCAGCUCCUCACUUUCUUUCCAUUCGACAGUCAUCAACCAUUACCGGAUGAGGGGCUACGGCCCGUUUCAGAACAUCAAGUCGUGCUGCGUGCCGACGAAGCUGCGAGCGAUGUCCAUGCUGUACUACAACGAGGAGCAGAAGAUCAUCAAGAAGGACAUCCAGAACAUGAUCGUAGAGGAGUGCGGCUGCUCGUGAAAACCGCCGUCCCCCAUAAAAUAACAGCAGCCCUUAAAAAGACGAAUCAUUUUUGUUUGUUCAGGCGUUCACUAAGAGGCGCUCUCCCAUUUCAAACAAACUGAGAACAAACUGAGAACACUAUGCAAAAGGACUUGCAGUAAACCUUUACUUGUUUUCAUUCUUGGGUGUGCUUCCCAUCCGUCACAGAAACGUGUUCAAUCAGCGAUGGCGUUUGUUGGGUUUUCAUAUACAACCAUGUGUACCUGUUGAGACAUUUCAAGGACUACCCAUCAUUGACCUGCUGGAGCCAAACCUUUUGACUGCAAAAUGUAAACAAGAAUAAAUAUAGAAAAACACUGUUUACUGCUGAAUUAAAAACACGUUUCUGGAAAGUUUUCUUGUAGGUCAAACGUUUGACAAAAGUAACUUAAAGGGUAACCAAACAGGACAGAGGGAGGCUGACAGCACUCUUAGACCAGAUUUGAAAAAUGUAAAAAAAAAAAAA